UCCCCCUUCUUUCACACUCGCUACCUUGGCAUCGUAACGUUACUGUCUCACGCACCAGUGCUACCGAGCUAGGCUAUCAGCUAGUCUUCCGAUAUUGUAGCUGAGACGCACCGGCUCCAACAACAUUACGGUGCUGUAUUGAGUCAUAACUCUCUCCAUAAAUUUAAGACAAAGAGCUGUUUCUAAUUGAAGGAACUGAAAUAUAGAUCUUCAAUAAACUAAUUGAAGAUGAUUAAGCUCUUUUCUCUGAAGCAGCAGAAGAAAGACGAGGAAUCUGCUGGAGGAAACAGAACAGGAGCCGGGGGUAAAAAAGCAAGCGCGGCCCAGCUUCGAAUACAGAAAGACAUCAAUGAGCUGAACCUCCCAAAGACGUGCGAGAUCGUCUUCCCCGACCAAGAUGAUCUGCUCAACUUCAAACUCAUCAUCUCACCAGACGAGGGAUUUUACAAAGGGGGGAAGUUUGUCUUCAGCUUUAAGGUAGGACAGGGCUACCCUCAUGAUCCCCCGAAGGUCAAGUGUGAGACAAUGGUGUACCACCCGAACAUUGACCUGGAGGGCAAUGUCUGCCUAAAUAUCUUGAGAGAGGACUGGAAGCCCGUGUUGACAGUAAACUCCAUCAUAUAUGGACUACAGUAUCUAUUUCUAGAGCCAAAUCCAGAGGACCCUUUGAAUAAAGAGGCGGCGGAGGUCCUGCAGACGAACCGACGGCUCUUUGAGCAGAAUGUCCAGCGGUCGCUGCGGGGGGGCUAUGUGGGCGCCACGUAUUUUGAGCGGUGUCUCAAAUAGCUCCUAGCCUAUGUCGCUUUUCUUUUUUCCCCCCAAGAUGCAUUACCGUUUACACACGCUGAGACACUGACUGACACACAGACUUGAGUGGUCGGGGAGGGAGUGGGUCCAUGGGGCCGGGAGGGGAAGUAUGGGGGGGGGGGUCACUCGGGGGAAGGGAGGGGGUCCGAAGGUAAAGAUGACAGGUUUGGAUGGUCAGUGAAUGUCGCUCAGAGAAUCGGUAAAUGCCACUAUGCUGAUGCCCACAGUUGUUAUUUUGCGGAGAUAGACAUGCCAACUGAUCCUCCCACUCGUGGACAAGGACAAAAACACACAGACGAGAUAUGCACUUAGACACCUCUUGCUCCCUUUUACAAAAGAAUUGCGUUAUGUUUUGAACGCUAUGCGAGCGCCUCUCGAUUACUAGAGCUCUGAACCUGACGGAUCGCACACAUGCUUGGUGGCAAAACUUAUAUAUAUAUAUGCGCACGCACACACGCCUCAACAACAUGCCUACUGACACGCAAGGCAUAUGCUAUCACAUGCGCACACGUGUUUCAGACAGGUACACAUCCCAACCCAGAUGCAUAAUACAGGCCAUAGACACACUGGCAGAGGACUGACUGACGGACAGGACAGGACAGACGCAGACAUAGAUUGGCAGGAUCAGUAAUGCAGGCAGGGCUGUUGUGGUAUUGGGAGAUCUUUUUAGUUUUGUUAUGGUUUUCUGGGUGGGGUGGGCGUUAGAUUUCAUUGGGCAGGGAGGGAGGGGGGUGGGGGCUUACAAUGUUACAAUUCUAUUGUGUAUAUUGAAAUCCCAGCUGUUCACAAUGACUGCAAUAUGAAUUAUGUUAAAUAAAAUAUGAACUGAUUAUAAUUCUUGUGUCUAUACAAAUUACAACAUAUGUCAAUAGGACUAUAAUUCAAUGAAGGUGUAUUUUGUAACCAAACUCGAACCUUGGUUUAAGCAGUCCUCAAAUAGUGGGGCGCACCCCCCUGGGGGGGCUCGUGUGACCCCGGGGAACAUGCUUUUUUUUGCCAGCAGGGAGUAGUUUUUUUUUUGCAACGAACGGGGAGCACACAGCACAGAGCAGGAGAUAUGAAGUGCAGAUAACAAACCCUUAAGAGACACCAUGGAAAAAUAUUUAACAGGGAUGAAAAGAAAGGCGGAGAUAAUGAGACAAACGUAAGUCUCCCGAAAGCUGAGACGAGGAAAUAUGACGACGCGUAUGUAGGGCUUGGCUUUACUGUGACUACGGUGGGAGACGAGGAAAGACCUGUAUGUUUACUGUGUCUAAAAAUGUUGGCAGUGGACAGCAUGAAGCCAAAUAAAUUAAGGCGUCACUUAAAGAUAUUACACCCCAAUCACGCUGAUAAGCCGCUUGAGUUUUUUCAGCGAAAACGUGCCGAAUAUUGCCAACAACCCUCCCGCUUUGUGAAUGCUAAUUCAGUAAACCAGCGAGCACUGUUAGCAUCAUAUAAGGUGGCGUACCAAAUUGCUCAGUGCAAAAAAAAACACUCCAUAGCAGAGGAGCUGAUACUGCCUGCCACAUUAGACAUGGUCUCUGUCGUGCUGCAAAAAUAAAAACUAUGACUUCCUCAUUUUGAUUUUAAAAAAUCAGCACAAAUUCUUUUAUUAAUUUUAGUUUUUUAGGUCAAAGUGUUUCAUAUAUUGUGCUCCUGAGUUAAUGUUGCUGAUCAAUUUGAAUGUAUUUAUUGAUUUUAUUUUUCAGUAUCAAAUAGUUUUUAAAAAAUUACAGUUAAAAUAAGGUUUUAAUUUUUUUAUUUUUCAGGCAAAUCGAUGCACUUUAAGUCUUUUCUGUUACAGACUAAAAAACAAUGUUAAUAAAGUUAUUCUUUGUUGUAAGUUGA